UCUCUCGCGCGCUCUCUCUCUCUCGCGCGCGCGCUGCCGUUACGUGCCGGUGGAAGUUGCGCUUCGGUGCCGCACUUGAAGAGAUUAUUCAGCUAGAACUGUACAAUGAUAAAGUAUAUUGUCGAGGAUCCGGACAAGGACUAUUCCUCGGCCAAAGGAUGCCCGCAGUAAGCUGCCGAGCGGAAGUUUUAGGGCGACUGAAGUCCAUCUUUACACUCAGUGGAGUUGGCCCCUGAGCUUUUGGAUUUCUUUCAAAAAGAAAAAAGAAAUGUUAGAAUAUUUUCUGGACACCGACGCCUGCACCAACGAGGGCGAGGCGCCGUGUCCCAGCGCCGCCGGAACACUCUAAGGAGAUAAGGGGAAGUAGGACGUGUGGAAGAGAGAGGGGGGGGGGAAUAAAAAAAUUACAACCACAUUCCCAGGCUGAAGUGAUAAGGACAAGAGGGACAGAGGGAGCUAAAUGCGGCUAACAACAGUGGACCCACCGAGAACAAUGAAUAGUAGCGGUUCUAGCAAUUUUCUGCUAGUCCCGAUACCGGAGUAUCCCGUCCUGGACUGCGUGCCCAACAAAAACGUCAAGAUCGUAGUUUUGGGAGCGAGUAACGUCGGGAAAACAGCCUUAAUUGUCAGAUUUCUGACUAAGAGGUUCAUUGGAGAUUACGAAGCCAACACAGGAGCUUUGUACUCCAGGAAGGUCACCCUGGAUGGAGAGGAGGUUUCUCUUCAGAUCCAGGACACACCCUGUGUCGCUCUCCAGGAUGACGCAGAGGGUCUGUACUGCCAAGAGCAGAUCAACAGGUCAAUCUACUGGGCGGAUGGUUAUGUGCUCGUCUUCUCCAUAACAGACCACAACAGUUAUCGCACCAUACAACCCCUCUACCAACAUGUGCGACGCAUACACCCCGCUGGGAAUAUACCUGUCAUACUGGUUGGUAACAAGAGUGACCUUCUCAGGGCUCGCCAGGUCCCAGCCGAUGCGGGCGAGACACUGGCGGCAACUCUGGGAGGGGUGUAUUUCGAGGCCUCGGCCAGGGAGAACCAUGAGGGCGUUCACACGGCCUUCCUCCAUCUCUGCCAAGAGGUGAGCCGUGCGCUGGGGGGCGGGAAUGGGGAGAAGAGGCGAGGAGGCCUCCACCUGGCCCGACCCAAGUCUCCCAACAUGCAAGAGCUGAAGAGGCGGUUCAGGCAGGUCCUGUCCUCCAAAGUCAAGUCUGCCACAGCCCUCUGACCACCGGAGAGGAGGACGCAGGAGGAGCGCGCCGCGGGGCACAUGCAGCGGAUGAGGAGUUCCAUGAGCAGAGCCCUAAAGCCUCGGACAGAAAAGAGUUGUGACUUUUAUGGCGUUUUUUAUGGAGUUUGGGAAUUUACUGAACCCCGGGGGAUUUUAGAGGACACCUGGAACCGUUAAAAUGGAGAGGGGGAAAAAAACACUUGGCUCAACUGUAGCCAUCAACACGCUUUAUGAACACCAGCAGAUGGAUGGAUGGCUGGAUAAAUAGAUGGAUGAAUGGAUGAAUAGAUGGAUGGGUGAAUGGAUGGGGGUACUUUUCUGGAUUUCAGUGGCUGGAUUGACAGAUAAUUGAAUGAUUAGUUGUGUGUAUGUAUAGAUGGGAUGAUUUUAGAGGAGGGGAAGGGUGAAAGUGGGUGAGUGAGCAAGUGAUGGAUGGAGGAAUGGAUGAACUGAUGGAUGAUUGACACGUCCUAUAUUGCUACAGAACAAGGCAGAGGAACAACCAAGACAAAUUAUCGAGGGGAAUGUUCCCAACGGCCAAAAACGUCUCCGUUUCGGAAAAGGUCCACAGCCAAGAUGACUCUUAGAUAACCCUCUUACCAGGCCUGAUCACUACAAGGAUAAAAAAUGGAUGCAAAACUUAUGUCAUAAAAGGUACGCUCAAUGAAAGCCAUGGUAAAAUUCUGCAAGUGGGGGCAUCUGGGUGGCGUGGCGGUCUAUUCGGUGGCUUACCAGCACAGAGAUCGACCGUUCGAAUCCCCGUGUUACUUCCUGUGUGGUCGGGCGUCCCUACAUACAUAAUUGGCUGUGUCUGCGGGUGGGAAGCUGGAUGUGGGUAUGUGUCCUGCUCGUUGCACUAGCGCCUCCUCUGGUCGGUCGGGGCGCUUGUUUGGGGGGAGGGGGAACUGGGGGGAAUAGCGUGAUCCUCCCACGCACUACGUCCCCCUGGCAAACUCCUCACUGUCGGGUGAAAAGAAGCGGCUGGAGACUCAACAUGUAUCGGAGGAGGCAUGUGGUAGUCUGCAGCCCUCCCCGGCUUGGCGGAGGGAGUGGAGCAGUGACCGGAAUGGCUUGGAAGAGUGGGGUAAUUGGCUGUAUACAGUAUACAACUGAAGAGAAAAAAAAAAGGGGGGGGGGGACCAAACAAAAAAAAAAUUCUGCAAGUGGGGAUACGCAUUCACCAAGAUGUGACAAAACAUAGGGAACAGAGACUCAUUGCACGGGAAAGACUAACCAGGCAAAUCCGGGUGAAGGAGUUCAGGCCUUACUGAUACCAGACCCAGAGCAUGCGGCAGAGGAGAGGAUAUCAAAUCUCUAAAAAAAAAAAGGUUAUCUGCACAACUAACCAUCCUUCCAUUCCAUCCAUCCAUUAUUCAAACCGCUUAUCCUGCUCUCAGGGUCACGGGAUGCUGGAGCCAAUCCCAGCAGUCAUUGGGCGGCAGGCGGGGAGACACCCUGGCGGCCAUCACAGGGCCCACACACACACACACACACACACACACAAACACCUAGGGACAAUUAGUACGGCCGAUUCACCUGACCUACAUGUCUUUGGACUGUGGGAGGAAACCGGAGCACCCGGAGGAAACCCACACAGACACGGGGAGAACAUGCAAACUCCACACAGAGGACGACCCGGGAUGACCCCCAAGGUUGGACAACCCCAGGGCUCGAACCCAGGACCUUCUUGCUGUGAGGCGACUGUGCUAACCACUGCGCCACCGUGCCACCACACUACUAAUCAUUUUACAAAAAAAAUCAGACAUAUUUCCGUGGAUGUCAGUUUUUGUCAGUAGUGGACGGGUGUAGCGUAAGGUGUGCAGGGGCUGUGUGGUGCAAACGGCGAAAGCCAGACUGACCAAACAUCUCGGCGUCUGCAAUCCUGCAACAUGCAAACUAACAGCAAAGGGAGACUGAGCGAGAGGGCUGACACACCACCUCAGUCAUGGAGUGCAGAUGUAAAAAAAAACGACAACAGGACAUUUAAGCCUUUAGAAACCUAAUACUGUGUUUUGCCAAAGAAUGUGCUGCUUGGUUUCAGUGAAGUGGUCCCAGUAUCAUAAACUAAUGGUAUGGUUUCAAUUGCUCGUGUUGUGGACUAAAUCUGUUUCCGAGACGUUGUGAUUUGCAUUGGGUUAGGGCGAGAAUUUUUGUAUCCCCCUUGUCGUGAGGCUGUCUGA